UCCCUCAGUGGACAACACAAAGUCCUACUGAACCGUUGUAUAAUCAACUGGAAACUGAAAGUAACUUUUCACCUACAUAGCCUAUAUAUAUCGCAUCCAGUCACUCCCUGGCUUUAGUCUUCGUAUGUCAAAAAAGAGGUCAACAUGGGAGGUGAAUCAUCAAGACCAGCAGCACCACCAUCACCAGUUUAUGACAAAGCUUGGAGGGAGGUUGACUGGAUGCAGAGAGAUACUAUGAUUAAGGAACUGAAGCAAUUCAGUUUGAAUGAUCCUGAUAUGGGCCAGCUCAGGAUCCUGCUAAUGGGACAAAUUGGUGCAGGAAAGUCCAGCUUUGUUAACUCAAUCAAAAGUGCUAUUUCUGGUCGUAUGGCGACUGAUGCGCUGGCAGAUGCUGACGCAGGCACAAGCUUCACCAAGAAUUAUAAAACACAUUACAUUAAAGAUGGAAAAGGACGCUUACCUUUUGCGUUCAAUGAUAUCAUGGGUUUGGAGCCUAAUGAAUCAAGGGGGGUGCACACUGAUGACAUCGUCAGCAUUCUUGGAGGCCAUGUCCGAGAAGGUUAUCAGCUCAACCCCACUUGUCCUUUGACACAAGAAAAACCAGACUACAACAGCAGUCCUGAGUUAAAACAUAGAGUCCACUGUUUAGUGCGUGUUGUGUCUGCAAAUGACUUAUAUGCAUUGUCAGAUGGACUCAAACACAGGCUGAGGACCAUAAGGGAGAAGGCUAGCAGUCUGGAAAUUCCUCAGUUUAUUGUGAUGACAAAAGUAGAUAAUGCUUGUCCAGAAGUAAAGAGGGAUCUGAGAAAUAUCUACAAAAGCAAGGCAAUUAAAAAGCAGAUGGAGACCUGCAGCAAUGAGCUGGGGAUCCCCGUGAGCUGCAUCCUACCAGUGAAGAACUACCAUGAAGAGACAAAGACAAACAAUGAAGCAGAUGUACUGGUGUUGGAGGCUGUUACUCAGAUUGUGCACGCAGCCAAUGAUUACAUAUGGACACUCCAACAAGAAUAGGAAGCCACCAUGAAAACCAUAGAGAUUGAAUUUACUUACGUUGUCCCAUGUACCACUGAGACAGACACAGACAUAAUUAACUAACUUUAUCCCCAAAAGGCAAAUAUUCUGUGUAUAUAAUCUAUGUAAUUGUGACAUUGUAUUGUGUGAUUGAUUGGCUUGAAGCUAAGACAUGUUUCCCUACCGGACCAUAAAUAAACAUACCUUAACUUAACCUUAUCUUCAAUUUAGAUGUCAUUAGAUCAAUAUAAAUCAAUAAAAACCUCACGAGUAUGCAGUAUUAUAUCA